AUGGAGAGGAGUAAUAGCUGGUUCGGGCGGUGGAGGAAGAAGGCGCGGGAGGGGGAGGGGCAGGGCGGCGGCCGCCCCCGUGACCGUGAGAAGGUGGUGGUGGACGGAUCGGAGAUCCGGGAGCUGAUGGAGGACCGGGAGGCGUUCGGGAUGCUCGUGGACAGCAAGUUCCGCCAGCUCGACGCCGACGGUCACGGCAUGCUCUCCGUGAGCGAGCUGCGCCCCGCCGUGGAAGACAUCGGCGCCGCGCUCGGGCUGCCCGCGGAGGGGGCGUCGCCCAACACCGACCAUAUCUACUCAGAGGUGGUGAGCGAGCUGACUCAUGGGACAUCCCAGGGCGAGGUGAGCAAGGCCGAGUUCCAGGAGGCGCUGUCAGACAUACUCCUCGGCAUGGCGGCCGGGCUCAAGAGGGACCCCCUCGUGAUACUGCGCAUGGACGGCGAGGACCUCAGGGACUUCGUCGCCGGCAGCAGAUACGAACCCACAGCUGCUGCCAUUUUCUCGCAGGUCGGUUUCGGUUCUGAUUCAGAAGACGCGUCGUCCCUGCGUCAGUGCGUGUUGGCCGCUCUCCAGAAGCUGACCGUCGACCACGGAGUGCCACCGGCUUCAGACACCUGGGUCGCGGAGAACAUCGUAGAGCCGGCAUUGCAGCAGCUUCUUCCUGCUGAUCAGCUUGAGCAGCAGCAGGCCUCCCGAGACGACUUGUUCCAGCAACUGAAGAAGCUGCUGGGCGCCAUCGCUGAUCGACUCCAGGAGCAGCCUGUGAUCGUCGCGCACACCGAGAACCACUAUGACGGGAGCGGCGUCAAGAGACUGCUGGCCAACAAAUUCGAGUUGGACAAGCUAUUGGAUUCUGUUUGGAAAGGUUUACCAGCAGAACAUAAGAGCAAGGCGUCCAAGGAGUACCUCAUAGCGGCGCUUGAUAAGAUGGCCGAUGCUGCAAGCCUGCCAUACUAUGGUGCUGUUAAAGAGGUGGAUGCUGUCGUGGAAGAGUCAAUCAAAACAGUGGGCGUCGAAGAAGGAAAGGCAGCAGAUGAAGCAGAGUUCAAGAAGUCGCUCACAGAUAUCCUUAGGGCCAUCAUGCUGAGGCUGAACGACAACCCCGUGUUCAUCUCUACCGACAUCGUCGUGCACGAGCCUUUGUCCGGCUCAUCCACCCUGUUUUCAUCGCCGCCGUUGACAACUUGA